AUGGGAGAUACGUAUUCCGUUAAGUCACAUGUGCUUACUCGCGCCGAGAGCGACGAGUUAGAAGUUGCUUUACAGUGUCUAUGUGCCAAAUUGAAGGCGUCACAACCCAUUUUCACAGAAGAAGAUGUAACUUUCAUUCCUUUUCUAAACGACAGCUGCAGUUCUUCUACACAGCCACCAUCUAAUCUUUGGGGACUCCCAAAUAUUUGUGAAGUAGAGGAUUUUACAACCGGACAGUUUGAUCUUAAUAAAAAUGGUGAGAUGUGUAGUUUGCCAUCGGAUGAAGCGAAAAGAUCUGCGACAAAGUUGUCGUCAUCAUCUCAUUUGGGUAGCAUAAGCUGUAGAAGCAUCGAAACACCUUUGAAUGGUACGAUUAAUUUAGACAAUCCGCUUUCUAUAGGGCUUUUUCUAGCUUCUGUUAAUAUGUUCGAGCCGAAGCUUAUUACAAAGAGCCGGAAAGUAGCCCUUGAUGCUGUCAAGCUUGUUAAACAAGGGUAUGCAUUGGUUUAUCGAGACCCUCACUUUGUUUUUCAUUCUCAGAGCAAAUGCGAAGCACAUUCUCUCGUUUCAGACGCCAUUGCUGUAAUGCCAUCAGGAGAGAGCAUAAUUCAGAAGUCAAAACCGCUUGCGAGAACUUCCUGUGUUGUGAAUACCAUGGGUUAUCCAAAACCUUCUUACAAACCCGACCCUGCGCUAAUCUUAUAUUUGGACCAAUCUAUUCAGGCUUUACUAGUGUACUGUAACGAUUCAACGACACUCUCUCAGUUUAUUUCAUCGAAUCAGAGCAUUUUGGGUCUUUUUGCCUUUGUGUGUUCAAUGUCAAGACGGGCAGAGGAAGGGGUAGUUAAUGGAGCUGAGGAUGUACCCGGUGCACGUGACGUGAAUGCAGAAUUAGAAGAAUUAAAGUCCCAUUGGAGCUCAUGCGGUUUAGUUGGACGGGUUGUAAACUACCUACAAGAAUGUUAUCUGAUUGAGUUUCUUUUAGAUGAUGCAUUACCCCCUGCUGUGUGCUCUUCGCGCUACGAAGGGCUGACCGAUGCUCUUUGUGACAAGAAACGUAAAAUAACCUUGAAUAUACUGUUGAAUUGCCAUAAACUAUCCAGCAUGGUACACAUGUCUCCACUCAAGGGCCUUGUUGGUAUUAUCAAAAUGUUUGCGUUCACUGGGGUGAGGCAGCAAGCGCGCUUUUUAGAUAGGAUUACUGCCGAAGGUCUUAUGGAGCGCUUACUGAAGGAGCUAAAAGAUGUGUGGCUAGAUCUGUUUCCCCCUUUAGGCUCGGUUCAUAACAUUGAAUGCUUAUAUGUGUGUUCACAAACCGUUUCGAAUAGUACUUUUGACAAUACAUCAAUCCACAAUCAAAUCGAUGGAAAUAGUAGCUCCUCGAAGAGGAAAGUAUCAACACCUCCGAUAACUAGUGAUUUCCAGACACGAAAUAAUCUAAAUUACACAAGUAAAGUGGUGGAAUGCUUAGGAUACUGUGCAGACAUUCUCUUGAUAAUUACAAAUCUCAACCUACGCUCGGCUCUAGAGACUGAUGAAAUGAUGAAAACCCCAAGGACAGCAUCCACAGCGGUGGUUCGCUCAACUUUGUGGGCCUCGCAGGACGCGACCCUUCAUGAAAUGGUGGCUAUUUUGUUGCGUAUUGCGUGUUUCAAUUUCCAUAAUCAACAAAACUCUAUUAGCCUCCUCAGGUCUUAUAUUAUGGAUUGUGUGCUUCAAAUAGCAGUCCACAGUGAUCCUUUAUACAACAUGGUAGUUGACGCAAUUAACGCACUUUUUGAGGACUUCCAGUUAAAUGAAGCAGGGUGGGGCCCACAGAACUUGUCAUCUCAUCCAAUACUUACUAUGAAUUGGACCACGGCACCGGAGCCUACCACUAUUAACGCAGUCAAUGGUCUCAAGUAUCUAAAAAAUUUCACACCUUUGCUCUCUCUUCUUGUGGGAUUGCUAGCCCAAACAAAUCAUGCACAGGUUCACGCGGUUUCGAUACGUCGUUGGUUUUGGUAUUUAUCUACAAACCUUCUCCCGGAUGCAUUCGAGGUUCCGUCCCUAAUAAGUGGACGAAAGAGCACAGUAGCGUGGGGAAGACAGCUUAUGAAGCGGUCACAACCGGUUACAAAAAAUCUCAUGACCAAAAACGUGCUCCCGUGGACGGCGGUGAUGUUAGCCCGCAAUCUUAGACGGGAUGAAAUGAUUAGUCUUCUGCCUUAUUUCACUUUUGCAUGCCGUGUUAUUCGUGAAACAAUCUGGAGAGAUGAUAGUGAAGUAUUCUUUGCAAAAAUAAUCUCACUAUCUUACCAUGUUAUGAUGGUCAAUGCGCGACAGUGCAACUUAUGCUUUGGCCAGGCCUUCAGUUGCUACAAAUUAAUGUCUAUUAUAUUGUCUGAGAGGGAGAUGGGUUUUACCAAGGACACCAAACUGGAAGGAAUAAAUUCAAUAAUUAACAACACGCCUGUUAAAGAGUCACCACCAACACCAAAAAACACUCCUAAUGAGUCCUCUGAUGUUAAAAAGCGGAGCCGCUCAGUCGCAGCUGUAGAGGACGAAUCGUUGCAACUCUUCAUACCAAGCCCCAAACAUGGCUCAACAUCAUAUGAGACAUCCUCUCCUGACCUAUUGGAUUCUGAAUUUCAGGAUUGUAUAGAAAAUGACGACCUUAUUAGUGAUUCUUAUGAAAAUAACUUUGCCUCACUUUCUAGAAGCGAUGAUGGUGCAUAUGAGGUAGUAGAAAAGACAGGUGAUGAGUCACCACAGGGGGUACUGACACAACCAUGGCAUCUGUUACACAAGGUGCUGUUGUUACCGAAUAGAGGCUUAAAUAAUAGCAAAGAAACGCUUGAGGACUUAGCUCAAAAGAACCAUCGCCAACCAAAACUGUAA